CUCUAGGCGCCUACCCCGGCCUCUCUUGGCUGGCCUGGCCUCUCCGCCCUCCUUGGCAUCAAGUUGGACUUGCGACCCACCAACCACCAGAAUGCAUUCUAAGCCGCACCCGACUGCACCUGCAGCUUUCAGGGAGACGGGUAUACAUAACUCCAUCAGCUUUGAAAAAGGACUAGACUGCUACUGUCACAAUGGGCGGGGCGCGAGGCCACACCCCCCGGCUUGCCCAGGAGAGCAGCGGGUGCGAGGCCCUCAGGCAGCUCUGGUGGACUGAGCUGCUUGGGCCAUGGCCGCUGCACAGCCCCGGCUUCCCGCAGGGGCCGCCAUGGUCCGGCGCUUGGCCCGGGGUUGCUGGUCCGCGUUCUGGGACUACGAGACGCCCAAGGUGAUCGUGGUGCGGAACCGGCGCCUGGGGUUCGUGCACCGCAUGGUGCAGUUGCUCAUCCUGCUUUACUUCGUGUGGGUUGCCUCCGGAGCCGGCACCGCCCUGUCCCGCAGGUACGUGUUCAUCGUGCAGAAAAGCUACCAGGACAGCGAGACAGGUCCGGAGAGCUCCAUCAUCACCAAAGUCAAGGGGAUCACCAUAUCGGAGCACAAAGUGUGGGACGUUGAGGAAUACGUAAAGCCCCCGGAGGGGGGCAGUGUGGUCAGCAUCAUCACCAGGAUCGAGGUCACCCCUUCCCAGACCCUGGGAACAUGCCCAGAGAGCAUGAAGGUGCACAGUUCCACCUGCCAUUCAGAUGACGACUGCAUCGCCGGGCAGCUGGACAUGCAAGGCAAUGGGAUUCGGACAGGGCACUGUGUACCCUAUUACCAUGGGGACUCCAAGACCUGCGAGGUGUCAGCCUGGUGCCCGGUGGAAGACGGAACUUCGGACAACCACUUUCUGGGUAAAAUGGCACCAAAUUUCACCAUCCUCAUCAAGAACAACAUCCACUACCCCAAGUUCAAGUUCUCCAAGGGCAACAUCGCAAGCCAGAAGAUAGACUACCUGAAGCACUGCACGUUUGAUGAGGACUCUGACCCAUACUGUCCCAUCUUCAAGCUAGGCUUCAUUGUAGAGCAGGCAGGGGAGAACUUCACAGAACUGGCACACAAGGGUGGUGUCAUUGGCGUCAUCAUCAACUGGGACUGUGACCUGGACUUGUCUGAAUCAGAGUGCAACCCCAAAUACUCUUUCCGGAGGCUUGACCCCAAGUAUGACCCUGCUUCCUCAGGCUACAACUUCAGGUUUGCCAAGUAUUACAAGAUAAACGGCACCACCACCAGUCGAACUCUCAUCAAAGCCUAUGGGAUCCGAAUCGAUGUUAUCGUGCAUGGGCAGGCAGGAAAAUUCAGUCUCAUUCCUACCAUCAUCAAUCUGGCCACUGCUCUGACCUCCAUCGGGGUGGGCUCCUUUCUGUGUGACUGGAUUUUGCUAACAUUCAUGAACAAAAACAAGCUCUAUAGCCAUAAGAAGUUCGACAAGGUGCGUACUCCAAGGCAUACCUCAACUAGCUGGCCUGUGACCCUUGCCCUUGUCUUGGGCCAGGUCCCUCCCCCACCUAGUCACUACUCCCAGGAUCAGCCGCCUAGCCCUCCAUCAGGUGGAGGGCCAACUUUGGGAGAAGGGGCAAAGCUACCACUGGCUGUCCAGCUUCCUCGGCCUUGUUCCAUCUCUGCUCUGACUGAGCAGGUGGUGGACACUCUUGACCAGCAUGUGGGACAAAGGCUUCCUGUCCCUGAGCCCGCCCAACAGGACCCCACAUCCACGGACCCCAAAGGUUUGGCUCAACUCUGAUCUCAGCCUCACUAAGCCGCAGACCUGGAUCUGGAGGGCAGGGAUGGCCUCAGCUGCUUUGGCAGCCCUAGGGAGGAUCUGCACUCUGCAGUAGCCAAGCAUGUCUAUGUGACUGGGAAACAAGAGACGCCUGUGCAAGAGGACAGAGCCUUGCUCUGGCCCAGGCUUACAUUCUUCCUCUCCCUAAGGCUUAGGGGAGAACUGGGUUUUUGCCAUCUCCUUUACCAACGAAACUCCUCAUAGGGCCCCUUAGCCCCCUUCCUUGACCACCUGUCAUACUUUUGUACAGCCUUCUGGGACCCAAAAUCAGAGCUAAGUCCUUCUGUUGUAUAAUUCUAAGCCCUCCUUUAGAAGUCAUACUAUGCUGAGACCAAUAAACCAGUGAUGAGAAGCU